GGCCUCUUUGCCUUUUUGCGCCGCCCGGACACCGCGCAGGCCGCCGGCACCAUGAAGAUCUGGACUUCCGAGCACGUCUUUGACCACCCGUGGGAAACUGUUACAACAGCUGCAAUGCAGAAAUACCCAAACCCUAUGAACCCAAGCGUGGUUGGAGUCGAUGUACUGGACAGACAUGUAGAUCCUUCUGGAAAGUUGCACAGCCAUAGACUUCUCAGCACAGAGUGGGGACUGCCUUCCAUUGUGAAAUCUCUGAUUGGUGCAGCAAGAACCAAAACAUAUGUGCAAGAACAUUCUGUAGUUGAUCCUGUAGAGAAAACAAUGGAACUUAAAUCCACUAAUAUUUCAUUUACAAAUAUGGUUUCAGUAGAUGAGAGACUUAUAUAUAAACCACAUCCUCAGGACCCAGAAAGAACUGUUUUGACUCAAGAGGCCAUCAUCACUGUGAAAGGAGUCAGCCUCAGUAGUUACCUGGAAGGGCUGAUGGCGAACACGAUAUCUUCCAACGCCAGUAAAGGCCGAGAAGCAAUGGAAUGGGUAAUACAUAAAUUAAAUGCAGAGAUUGAAGAAUUGACAGCUUCAGCAAGAGGGAGCAUAAGGACACCGAUGGCAGCAGCAGCAUUUGUAGAGAAAUGAUGAAAGUUGGUUACAACACCCAGUCCCCCGGAUCUCUACUAGCUGAUAUUAUAUUUAUUUGUUAUUUAAAAAACACAACUAUAUUUUAGGUAGAAUUUUUUUAAUAAGCCGAAGAAAGGCUAUGUGACUUGAUCAAAACAAGGAGGUACAGGGUUUCUAAAUAAAAGGGAACAUCUGAAAUUGUUAGUGUUUGAAAUGACUAUCGAGUUUUGAAGAUUCCAUAUUUAUGUGAAAAUUUUAACAAUUUUUGAAAAGUACUUGAAAAUUGGUGUUAGUAUAUUAAAUCUCCUUCAGGUUGAAUUGUAAAGCUUUUCAUGCAUUGGAACUCUACCUGGCUUGGACCAACACCAGGACAAAGCAGAACCACCUCUAAAUAGACAAAAUUGCUCUGCUGGGUAAACUUCAAGAGGGAUCUCACUUUCUAGGAGAAAUUGCAUAGUUUUAAAAGAUACCAAUUUGUAUAAAAUAACGUGCUCUGCUAUAAGCCACCAUUAAAAACCACAAUGUUUUAAUUUGGUACUUAAAUGACAUUUUUGGAGUGAAAAUUAUUACUCAAGUAAUAUAUAACUCUAUCAAAAAUGUGAUUUAUUCUAUCAAAGAGUACUGUAUUGAUUUGCCAAAGUUUUGUAACUAAGUAAAGGUAUUACCUUCCUUGGAUUUGUACUUUAUGACUUAGUUUGCUGUAUCGUGGGCUGGUUAUGUUAAGUGAAAAAAUAAAGUCAUUACUGGAAUUCUGCAGCACUCUAAACUUUCACAGAAGAGCAGCUGUUCACAUCUUUUAGCAUUUCACAUUUGCCUAACUUAUAAAUUGCCAUGUGUCAGAAUCAUGGUUCUGUAAUUGCUAAAACAUGAUCUGCCAGGUUCUUUGAAUUUAAUUACUUUUUGAAGUAAUUAUGACCACAAAACAUCUUUUUUACAUGAGGAGCUGUACAUCAUUUGAAAUUGCUCAAAUGAUGUCUUGAUCUUGAGGCACAAAUCCCAGGUACUUAAUGUUUUUAAUAAUACGUUGCCACUGCAGGAGGGCAGGGGCAGUGGGGAAGAAGAACCAUAAGGAGGAAAAAGCAUUGCCUAAACCAACCACUAUGUGAAUUGUUUUGCAGCUUUUAUUUAUGGAAAAUCCUCCUUUUGGGAGCCAAAGGGCUGCUGCACUCUGAAAAACAAUCCAGUAAAUGUAUUGUGUUUCAUAUUUUGUAGCAGUUCAUUAUCAACCAGUAAAUAAUAUCUUUGAUACUUGCCAUUGUUGCUUAGAGAGUAUUCUUGUUAAAAGGUGAUUAGCUCUUGCCGUUAUUUUACUUGCGUCAUGUUAUAAACUUCUAGUCAGGUUUCCUGUAAAAGCAACCAGGCAAUAUAUGUACAAAAACCACAGAAAUAGGAUACAAACUACUUAAAUAUUAGUGUUUUUCUACUUAUGAUAUUGUUUAGCUUAAGACUUCUUGGGGCAUUUGUAAAAGCAAGUGAAAUUCAAUAAGGUUUUUUAUUAUUUUUUGUAACCAAAAAUGGUUUUUACAAUUGAAAUAACAUUUAAGCUAAACAAAACAUGGCUAAAUACUGAUUUUUAAUAAAAAGUUGCCUUGUAUGACUUAUGUAAAUUAUACUUGUUCUGAAAAAGGUAUAAUGAAUGCCCUGAUGAUAAAAAAAAUUAACAAAUUUUAUUCUGUUCGAUUUUGUUUUACUCAGACCUAAUGAUAAAAUUACUAUUUUCCUUUCGGUUAAGUAGUUGGUAGUUUAUGGCUUUCACCUGUUAAAAUAUAAAUGCACAGCAAGCAGAUGUAUUUGAGAGGACUACACUGGAAGUAUUCAUAGAUUACUCUUGGACUAGGAGCAUCUUAUCCUAUUUAAUAUUAAAAGUGGAUCUACACUAAGAACUUUUCUUGUGUUAAUAAAAACUUUUAACUAUG